GUCUAGCUCAUUUAGGCCAUGCCAUGUGUGUUUGAAUUUAAUUGAACAAUGACUACACGACCAGACAAUUUUGUGGUUUAGGUAAUCUGCAGGCACAAUUCAGCUGCGUUGGUAAAAUAUUAGUUAUUUGGCCAAGUUAUAUCUCACGUAAUCGUUAAAUACACAAAACAUGGCUGAUUUUGAUGACGAACUUUUCAAUGUUUUCGAUGAAGAAAUUCAGUCUUCUGUCAAGGAUGAAACUCUUGACUCUUCUAAGAGCCCUGAACACUACCCUCAAAGUUCUGGAGCUGACGAAUCCUCUGAUGCUGGAGUCAAAAGAGAACAUUCUGACGACGAAUCUACCAUUGAGUCAAAGAAGAAGAAAGUUGAAACAAUCCUUGAUGACAUCAACAUUCAGCAAGUGUCCCAUAGGAUAUCUGUUCACACCGUAGAAACACUGGAAGCCUGUCUACAUGAGGUGGCUGUACCUCCAGGUCAGGAGUACGUGCCUCUGCGGGUUCUCACUGGUAAACCAGCCAAAGAAUACCCUUUCAUACUCGAUCCGUUCCAAAAAGAAGCAAUCGCUUGUGUAGACAACGGACGGUCUGUCCUGGUCUCGGCUCACACUUCGGCUGGGAAAACUGUGGUUGCAGAGUACGCAAUUGCCAGAUCUCUAGGAGAUAAACAGAGAGUGAUCUACACCACACCGAUCAAAGCUCUCAGUAACCAGAAGUACCGAGAGUUCUACGAGGAAUUCCAGGACGUGGGACUCGUCACAGGAGAUGUCACUAUCAAUCCUGACGCCAGCUGUCUCAUCAUGACCACUGAGAUUCUUCGUAACAUGCUUUACAGAGGAUCAGAAGUGAUGAGAGAAGUAGGAUGGGUCAUAUUCGACGAGAUUCAUUAUAUGAGAGAUAAGGAAAGAGGUGUGGUGUGGGAGGAGACGCUUAUCUUACUCCCGGACAACGUCCACUACGUUUUUCUCUCCGCUACAAUCCCCAACGCACGACAGUUCUGUGAGUGGGUGUGUUACCUUCACCAUCAGCCUUGCCACGUCGUCUACACGGACUACAGACCCGUGCCUUUGCAGCACUUCGUCUUCCCUGCGGGGGGAGAGGGGAUCCACCUUAUAGUGGACGAGAAGGGUAAUUUUAAAGAAGACAAUUUUAACUCGGCAAUGGCAGUACUAGCCAACGCUGGUGACUUGGCUAAAGGGGACAAGCAGCUCAGAGGCCGUAAAGGAGGCAGCAAGACCGGAAGUGAUACAAACUGCUUCAAGAUUGUCAAGAUGAUUAUGGAGAGAAACUUUGCCCCCGUCAUCAUAUUUUCAUUUAGCAAGAAAGACUGUGAGCUGUAUGCGAUGCAGAUGGCUAAACUUGAUUUUAAUACUUUGGAAGAGAAGAAGUUGGUAGAUGAAGUGUUUAAUAAUGCCAUGGAUGUUUUAUCGGAAGUAGAUCGGACUUUGCCUCAGGUGGAGAACGUAAAGCCGUUGCUCAGAAGGGGUAUCGGAAUCCAUCAUGGAGGUUUAUUACCAAUAUUAAAAGAAACAAUUGAAAUCUUAUUUGCUGAAGGACUUAUAAAGGCUCUUUUUGCAACUGAAACAUUUGCGAUGGGUUUGAACAUGCCUGCCAGAACUGUCCUUUUCACUGGAGCAAGAAAGUUUGAUGGAAAAGAUUUUAGAUUUGUGACCUCAGGAGAGUACAUUCAGAUGUCAGGUAGAGCGGGCAGACGAGGUUUGGAUGACAAAGGCAUAGUAAUCCUGAUGAUUGACGAGAAAGUGAGUCCGCAGGAGGGUCGGGAGAUCAUCCAGGGUAAACCUGACCCGAUAAACUCAGCGUUCCACCUAACCUACAACAUGGUGCUGAAUCUGCUGAGGGUAGAAGAAAUCAACCCUGAGUACAUGCUGGAGCGGUCGUUCUUCCAGUUCCAGAACCAGGCGGCGAUCCCGGAACUGUAUCAGAAGGUGCAAGAGAAGCAAGACCUGUACGACAGUAUUCAAAUCCGCAACGAGAGCGAGGUGGCUUCAUACCACCACAUCCGCGACAGGCUGGACCAGCUCAGCAAACAGUUCCAGGAGUUCCUCACCAGACCGCAGUACCUGCUGCCGUUCUUACAGCCGGGCAGAUUGGUCAAGGUGAAAAGCGAGCCAUCAAAUGAGGAGUUUGAAUGGGGAGUUGUGGUGAACUUUGAGAAGGUCGGAGCCAACCAGAGAGGCAAGAACCCAGCGCAGGAGGACUCAGAACUGUUCGUUCACACAUUGUUGUACGUGAAGACUGACGGAGGCAGCACUCCUCAACCUUGCCCACUGGGCAGUCAUGGGGAGAUAGAGGUAGUUCCAGUUAAACAUUCACACCUCUGCCAGAUAAGCUCUCUGAGAAUUCACGUUCCUGACGAUUUGACGUCACCCGACAAGAAAAAGUCUGUUUUAAAAACAAUAGAGCAAGUUGGAAAAAGAUUUCCUGACGGCGUUCCUCUGCUCAACCCUGAAACGGACAUGAAGAUAAAAGACGCGGCUUUCAAAAACAUUGUUUCAAUGAUAAACACGUAUGAGCAGAGGCUGUUCAGCCAUCCCAUGCACGAGAAAGAGGAGUUGGAAGAUGUUUAUGAACAGUAUCUCGAGAAAGUUAAGGUAGGAGCUGAACUAAAGCUAGCAAAGGCGGAACUGAAGAAGGCGAUGUCCCUGUUACAAAUGGACGAGCUCAAGUGUCGCAAGCGAGUGCUGCGCAGGAUGGGAUACUGCACGGCAGACGAUGUCAUUGAGAUGAAAGGCCGUGUCGCUUGUGAACUCAGCAGUGGAGAGGAAUUGCUGAUGACGGAGUUGAUAUUCAACGGUGUGUUCAAUGACCUCUCAGUGCCCCAAUGUGUGGCGUUGCUGAGUACGUUUGUGUGUGACGAGAAAAGCUCAUCGAACCCCAAAAUGUCAGAAGAGCUCGCCGGUCCCCUCAGACAGAUGCAGGAAUUAACAAGAAGAAUAGCUCGAGUGAGUGUUGAAGCUAAACUUCAAGUGGAUGAAGACUCGUAUGUGGAGCAGUUCAAACCUUUUCUGAUGGACGUUUGCUUCAGUUGGUGCAAUGGAGCGAGUUUUCUCGAAAUAUGCAAAAUGACUGACAUCUUUGAGGGAAGUAUAAUUAGGUGCAUGCGAAGACUAGAAGAAAUGCUAAGACAACUGGUUCAAGCGUCAAAGAAUAUAGGCAACACGGACCUAGAAAAUAAGUUCAGUGAAGCCAUAAAACUAAUAAAGAGGGACAUAGUGUUUGCAGCUAGCUUGUACCUGUAAAUAGCACUGUAAGUUGCAUGAAAUUGAA